UCACCCAAAAGGGCCCCGAUUCCUCUUCUUCCCCGACCAGAGAAAACCACGUUCUUCCUUCUUGGAGUCGUCCAAGAAAGAACUUAAUUGGUACCAGAGACCGUCCGAGAGAGGAAAGAUUCGUUGCUGGUGCCAUGGCGCCGCCGAAGAGGGAGCUGGCCCUCAAGGGCGCCGGCGCAGGGGCAAGCCGGGAGGGGCUGAAGCGCCUGCGCGUGGCGUUCGUCGCCGGAGCCUCCGCCGGCGCCGCCGGCUUGCCGGUGCCCCCCUCGUCGCCGGGGAAGUGCCUGAUGCGGCGGAUCGUGCUCGUCGUGCUCUUUUUUCUGCGAAUGACCGAUUGCAGGACCACGGUGGUGGAAAGCAUCUCCCAGAUUGGUCGCAUGUUUCAGAGAUUCCAAAAGGCCCAGACUCUUAUGUUGAGCAAAUUCGAGGGCAAAUUGGAGAAGAUGGAGGGGAAAUUAGAAAAAUUUGGGGAAAAAAUGGAGGGCAUCAGCCUUGAAGUGAAGAAAUUGGCGCGUUUGCUUUCCAAUCGACAUGAUGAUCAACAACCAAGACAAGAGCAGAGUGCCACUGCGAGUGGAUCUAACGCCAAAUUUCACUUGCGCUUCCUGGAUGGCCUGAAGACUCCCAUUUACACCGAGAAGAGCAUCAUAUCUGAGAGCAAUUCAGCUAUCCGGAUUGGCAUCUUUGAUGGUGAUGGCAACAUGAUUAGGGAUGGCCCGCUCUCAAAGGUGAAAGUCGAGAUGCUGGUCCUCCGUGGCGAUUUCUGCAACGACGGACGGGAGAGCUGGACCGAAGAGGAGUUCAACAGCCACGUGGCGCAAGGUCGGCAUGGGCAAGGGUUCGUGUUGGGGGGUGAUUGCAGUGUGUGGUUGAACAAUGGGGAGGCCUCCUUUGGCGGCGUGAUUCGCUUCAAAGAAGGAUCAUCCAGGACUCGCAGUAGGAAGUUUGUCGUUGCAGCAAGAGUAUGUAUGGAUGGAAAGCCCGCUGAUCGUGUUCAGGAAGCUGUCAUGAAGCCGGUGACUGUGUUGGAUCGCAGGAACGAAGCAAAUGAGAAGAGGCACCCUCCAGAAUUGGACGAUGAAGUGUAUCGUCUGGAGGAAAUCUCCAAAGAUGGAACUUACCACAAAAGGCUUCAGAAUGCUGAAAUCUUUACAGUGAAGGACUUAUUGAAGGCCUUGAAUAACGAUGCAAACAAGCUUCGCAAAGAUGUCCUCCAGAUGAAGAAGCUGAACAACUCCUGGGAAAAAAUGGUUAAGCAUGCGAGGGAGUGCCUUCUCGCAGACAACCAUCAGCUAAUAGCAUACUUCGACGAAGUAGCAAAUGUGGUGCUAUUUUUCAAUUGCGUAUAUGACCUUGUUGGGGCAGGCUUUAAUGGUGGUUACGUCGCACAAAACAAUUUUGAUGCAGCUCAAAAGGCUCUAACGAAUGAGUUGAUGGAGCUUGCACGCAAUGAAUUGGACAGCACUCCAUUUAACUAUGUGAUGAAUGGAGGUCUUCCUGUGCCAGUUCCCUCUAGAGAAAAUUCUUUCAUCAGCAUGCCAGUUCUUGCACCGGAUGCGGUGCUUCAAGCAGCGAGCGAAUAUCGGCGUCAUGAUAGGAUCGACCAUGCCACUUAUGGGAUAUUCAGUUUGGGUGAUGCAUGCGUUCAUGGUGAUCAGAACACAGCUAGCACAGAUUAUUUCCAUGGUACUUGUGAAGGAAUUCCACCACUUGGUCAUCAGCAGCCUUCAACCUCUGCGGUGCCUUAUUGGGACCAAUCUCCAGGACUGAUGAUUUCUUCUCACGGAAAUGCGUGGGACUGCAAUCCGCUAGACUGGCGUUUUGCAGGAUCAAGUCAAGUGAACAACCAUAGCCACGCACAAGCUGACAUGUCAUUCAAUGGCGGCCGCGCCUUGGAGGCGUCAACUUCUAGUCAAAACAACCUUCUGCUGCAACAAUCUUUUCCUACUCAAUUCCAAGAAAGCAUGCCAAGGAUGCGUUACUCCAAUGAUGUGCCGAACCCUGUCGACGAACCAUCGAUAUGGCAAGAUGAUCUCCUCCCUGAACCAGAGCCUAGCGCCAACCCGUUUCAAGGACCAGGUUACUGAAGCUUUUAGUUCAUGCACAUUUUCUAAUGAAGUUUAGGUGAUGUACCAUCAUGGUUUUGUGUCAUUGUAACUUAGGUUUCAGGGUCUGAUUUAUGUUGUUCAGUAUCAGGCACGGUAGGCUACAUGUUUGGACACCAAGUACUUUCUCCAUUCCUUUUUUAAUUUGAUUUGUAAACUCUGUACGAUGAUGUUGUCACGUAGAGUCUGAGGGUGUAAUGCAGCUUAGGCAAAACAUUUCGUUGCGCGUGACCCACUGAUGUAAA